AUGCCCGUUAUCCAGCACGAGGAACAUGAAUUUCACCUUUCACAUGAGCAGGAAACCAAAUUGAACGAGUUUCAGAUGAUUACCAGCUUUCCGGACGAGGAACUUGCUCUGGUGGUCAAGUUGUUGGAAAAUCAUGGUUGGCUUUUAGAGUCAGCAUUGGGUAGGUAUUUCGACGGAAACUGGCAAGAAGACUUGAAUCCACCAGCAAUUGCUGAGAGACCUCCUACACCAACACCACAGGGUUUUGUUUCACACUCUGCCAGCCCUUUUCUGCUCGGUGACAAUGCAUCGUUUGUACCUAGGCUGCCUCUCGUUAAACGGCUUCCCCUGGACUUCAAAGAUAACUUUCGAUUAGUGGGGCUUGACAGGCGUCCAGAGAAUAAUUUCAACAACCAUCCGGCGUUGUUAAUCCUUCUUUUCUUGCCCAAGGUGUUGCUGAAAAUAGGCACUGGACUAAUUACAAUCUUGUGGUCGAUCAUUUCAUUUGGCUUCAAAAACGACCCAGUUGCUGAAAAACAGAUCAAGCGAAUACCCCGGAGACCGAAUGAGAAGUCAACACCUGCGAUUGAAAUUAUAGAGUCCCUUUUAGGUAAGAAUUCCGAGUUGGCCUCGUUGCUAAACCCUAAACCUUUCAACGAAAUAUACGAUGAAUGCGAGAAUGAUUUCAAGAUGAUGAUGGUCGUGUGCUUAGGAGACCUUGAAUCGGAAGAGCUAGGCCAACGCGACGAAAACUCGAUGAAAUUUGUCACUGAAAUUCUUAACAAUCCUUCAACCUUGCAGCUACUACGGGAACAUUCCGACAAUUUGCGCAUUUACAUGCAAUCCGCACAGUCUCCGGAAAUGUGGGCUGUAGCAAACCAGUUAAAAAUAAGAUACACGCCGGAGUGCCUCCUAAUCGCCAAUGUUUUGAACUCUAGAGACUCCGUGAAUGGCGUCACGCGGAUGUCGGUGAUUGGCAGAAUAAAGGUCAGCUCAUUGAGAAGAUUUCAAAAUGCUUUCAAGGUAACUACUGAGAAGCAUAGUGCCGAACUUUUGGUAAGCCGGAACGAUCAGAAAGAAUUGAAGCUGGCCAGGGAAAUAAAAGAACUACAGGAUCAAGCCUAUCAAGAGUCGCUAAGACAAGAUCAGCUCAAACAGCGAAUGCGCCAAGAGGAAAAUGAAACGGCCAGGAAAUCUGUGGAGAAUGAAAGACAUAAAGCUUUGCAGAAGAAAAUAGAAAGAGCAGAGCGCGAAUUACGUGCAUUAGAUGUCUGCCUAGGAUUUGCAGACGGUCAAAGAUCUGUAAACCUCGAGGCUGGGAAAGCUACGCUACAAAUUAGAACAUCUACUGGAAAGCGUUUGGUCAGAGUCUUCGCCGGUGACGAAUCGCUGAAGGAUAUUUACCUGACGGUAAAAUGUUUUCUUUCACUGGACCUAAAAAGUUUUGAAGACCAUGCCGUUCUGGAAAGCGUCAAGACUAAGUUGGACACUCUACUCGAAGAUGGCAACGUAUUGAAUUUAGAUGAAACUCACUGGUCCCAGGAGGCACUUGCCGGCGAAUCUCUCGGGUCAUUGAAAAUGCGGAUAAACCAAAAAUUGGAAACUUUAUGUGAAUCAAACAGGGAGGUUGAGCUGGAUAUCAACUUUGAAUUGGUGUCGCCAUUUCCAAGGUUUAGAGUUCCCUGCGAUGGGACUGUCAAUAUCAAAGAUACUUCGCAAAUAUGGCCGAACGGCAGUCUUUUAGUAGAGACCAUUGAGGACGAAGACGUCACUGAGAUGUAA